CGCGCGAGGUGCGUGAGCGCUUGGAGACGUAGCGCUGCGCGUGGGUCGCUACGAGGGGUGUGUGCGCGUCCGUGACACUACUCCACAACACCGAUUAGGCAUCAUAUAUCAACCUACGGCAGGUCACGGAGCAUCGUAUCACUCACCCUGGAAACCAACGCUCUUAAACGGCAUCCGCGCAAUUCUGCCAUUCACUGCGUUUGAACAGCGCUCAUUCGCGAAUACACCCUGCUCCGGAGGUGGCUUUUAAUACCGGACAAUGACUCUGACCCAUAGCCGGAGAUAGGGAUGGAUCCAAGAGUGUGGAGGAUGCUCGCCCUGCUCGGUGUGUUUGCAGUCUUGCUGGAGGUAAAUGGCGAUGACAGCUACCUGAAUGCAGUGCAGAAUACAGUUCCUCUGUCCUGCUCCGAAGGCUUCACUGAGCUGGGUUAUUACAAUGGCACUGUUUCUCAGACUGACUCAGGUUCACCCUGUCUAAAGUGGACCGACUUCCCAGAUUAUGUGCAGCAGUAUCCAGGCAGGGGUCUCGGAGAGCAUAAUUUUUGUCGAAAUCCUGACCGUGAGUCCAACCCAUGGUGCUUUUUCAGACAGAGCUCAGGAGCCAUUGGCUGGGCCUACUGUGACUGCCACCAAGGAGCAGUAAGGUUAGCAGGAGGUUCGUCCUCAAAGAGUGGCCGACUGGAGGUCUACCUGAAUGGCCAGUGGGGGUCGGUUUGUGACACACACUGGACAGACCGUGAUGCCAGUGUGGUUUGCCGACAGCUUGGACUGAGUGAAAUUGGCACGGCUCUGCAGCACUCAUAUUUUGGCCCCGGCUCCGGGCUUUUUCACUACGCGCGCCUUGGCUGCCGUGGUGAUGAGAAAUCCCUGCUGGAGUGCAGGAGCAGGAAGUUUGUUACGAGUGACUGUAACCAUGGAAACGAGGCCGGAGUGGUGUGCGCACCACCUGAAGGUAAUGGACCGUCGCUGCGGUUGGUUGGUGGGGAGGAGGACUUUGAGGGACGAGUUGAGGUCUUCCAUGAUGGGCGCUGGGGGACCAUUUGCGAUGAUCAGUGGGAUGACAUGGAUGCUGAGGUGGUCUGCAGGCAGCUCGGACUGGGGGGGAUCCCUAAAGCCUGGUCAUGGGCUCAUUUCGGGCAGGGAAGUGGACCAAUCCAAUUGGACGCAGUACAGUGCACAGGCAAUGAGCUCUCUUUGGAUGAGUGCCGUCACAGCGGAUGGGAACAACACAACUGUGACCAUAUGGAAGAUGCUGGGGUGUCAUGCAAUCCCUAUACAGAUGGUGUGGUGAGACUGGUAGACGGUGAUAACCCAUGGGAAGGUCGUCUGGAAGUAUAUCACUCCGGGGACUGGGGCACGGUGUGUGAUGACAGCUGGACGGAGCAGCAUGCACAGGUUGUCUGCAGACAGCUGGGAUUCAGGGGCGGUGCGGAGGUCGCCCCCGCUGGUGCGUUUGGAGAAGGAGCAGGGCUGAUUCUGCUGGACGAUGUGGAGUGUGAGGGGAGCGAGAGCUCUUUGCUGGAAUGUAAACAUAGUGUGUGGGGUCGACACGAUUGCUCUCAUAGCGAAGAUGUUGGAAUACGCUGCCACAGGAUAGAAAACAAUGAGGUUCCACUGGCUCCAGAAAGUACCGGGCCUCUGGUACGAUUGGCAGGUGGCGACAAUAGAAAAGAGGGCAGAGUGGAGGUGUUUCUUAACGGAGAGUGGGGCAGCGUCUGUGAUCAUGGCUGGAAUGAUGUCAAUGCUGCCGUCGUCUGCAGACAGCUCGGAUUCACUGGGGUGUCAAAAGCACGACCGAUGGGUUAUUUCGGAGCAGGGAAAGGCACAAUCCACCUGACCAAUGUGAGGUGCACUGGGAAGGAGUCGUUCCUUGGAGAGUGCCCUUCUAAAGGACAAGACAGCCACGCUUGUAAGCAUGGACAGGAUGCAGGUGUAGUAUGUGAUUAUUUGCCGGAGCCAGAGGCUGACAUAGCAGUGGUGGGCACACACACCUGCGGUUUGAGAGCCGGUGCUGAGAGACGCAGCAAGAGGAUUGUCGGAGGAUAUAAAUCUCUCAGGGGUGACUGGCCCUGGCAGGCGUCCCUGUGGCUCAGAUCUCAAUCUAAAGGGAAUCAUCCUCUGUGUGGAGCCACUCUCAUAAACUCCUGCUGGCUGCUCACUGCAGCGCACUGCUUCAAACGGUUUGGAAGUGAUGCUUCACGGUAUGUGGUGAAGCUCGGGGAUUAUCACACGAAGGAACAGGAUGAUUUUGAACGUGUCCUCUCUCCAGAGCGCAUAGAAGUGCACAGGAAGUACCGAACGGAGAGCUGGGAGCAUGAUGUGGCUCUGAUCCGACUGAAGGGUGCUGAGGGGAAGUGCGUGUCCUUUAACCCUCAUACUAACGCCGCCUGUCUGCCUGCACCUGGCAGUAAGUGGGGCAAGAGACCUGCAUCGUGUGUCAUCACUGGCUGGGGAAUGACAGACACUGAGCAUCCCAGCACUCUUCUUCAGGCCUGGGUUCCUCUUCUGCCCUCGUGGCAAUGUAAGAAACGUUACGGCGAGCGUUUCACUAGCCACGACAUGCUGUGUGCCGGCAGUAUGACGUCUGACCUCAGAAAGCAUGCUGACAGCUGUCAGGGUGAUAGCGGGGGUCCGCUAGUGUGUCAAGGCGAGGCAGGGCGCUGGGUACUGACAGGGGUCAUUUCCUGGGGUCACGGCUGUGGUGACCCCUCGUACCCAGGUGUGUAUUCACGGGUCAGCCGUUACCUGCCCUGGAUCGAACAGGUGACGCACAGCACCGCUCCUCUCCAGCACUGAAGCACCAACCACUUUCUCUGAAAACCACACUCCCCAUCACGCUUCAGAGAACCAGGACUCUAUAACAGGAAAAACAAGAUCCUGAGAGUGUUUGACACCUGCUGUAAGCUUUCAACACCCUGGAUCUUAAUUCCUCUGUAUUCUAUCUGUACAAUUCAAUUUUAUGUCUUUAGCAUUUAGAGAUUAGGAUCUUUCCUUACUUGCAGACUGAGUCUGUGAAGGUUUCAAUCAUGUAGGACACUGUACAAUGACCAGUGUGAUGGUAAAUGGACAGUUUAUCCCAAAAUUAAAGCUCUGUCAUCAUUUAGUUCCAAACUCAUAUGAGGAUGAAUAAACGAUGAUAGGAUUUUCAUUUCCGGGUGAACUGGCCCUUUAAAAGAGUGUGAUUCUACUGUGCAUUUAAAAUGUUUGUAGUGCCGUCCAGAGGCUGCAGUGCAUGUCAAUGUAUGUAUUGUAUUUAAAAGCCAUUCGAUGCAGCUGCCCAGGCCUUCUGCAUGGUAGAGAAUGGUAGCAUAAGCUCUGCAAAAGCAGGUUUAUUUCUUAUUCUGUGGGGCGGGAGAAAACGGAAUGGAUUCCUCUACUCUCCUUAUUUAACAGAAGGCUUGAGCUGCACCUCUAAUCUUCGAGGAAACAUUUUCAGUGUUGUGGAUUAGGCAAGUGAAAUGAAUCACGUAGGUUUUUUAGAUAGCGACAGUCGAAGUGAUCUUUAAAGCCAUGUGUCUUCUAUAUGUGUCAUACAUCUAAUGCAGUUAGAAUUUUUGAUUUUUAAUCAUGUACAGUAAAUCAUGAUAUUUAACGUAUUGGUUUAUCAAGUACGCUCUGUAUCAGUACUGAUGCAUACAGCUCAUAAAGAUAAAUGACUCAAUAUGUUGUUUUGUUUUGUCUCAGUCUUAGUAGACGUUUUAGGGCAUAAAUGGCAUUUUAAAUUCAUAAUAGUGAAUAACCUAAUGUGACUUUUCUCUUAUUUGUCAUGGUGAUUUACAAUACAAUGUGUGUCUUUAUGUAAAUGCAGUAUUACAAUUGAUAAUGGGUUUUGUCCGUGCAAAGGAUAAAACCGGGGAGUUUCUCAUUUCUAAUGCAUUGAAAGAACAAGUUUGGGACAGUGACUAUAUUUUGGUUGACAGUCAGUUUAAUGAGAUUUUAUUUUGUAGCAUCUCUUAACUGUUCCUGUACUUUGUUCUGUGAACUGCGUGUUUUCAUCCAGUGGGUGGCGAUAUUGUGUUUUUUUCCUCAGUUCUGUUCUGUGCACCAUCUAGAAAUAUUCUUCAGUCUGUUUCAUAUUUUAACCCCCUUCUGACUGUUUCUUCAUCAGAAUUUCAGAACAGAAUUUCAGUGAUAUUCAUGCAAAUAAUGGUAGAUUUUUGUAUUUCACCUGCAGAGAAAAAUGUAAGUAACAAGGGCUCUUUAAAAUUGGUCAUUAAGAAAGGCAAUAGGCAAAUGUAAAUAGGAAGUGACAUCACAGAUGAUGAUGAUGCAUGGCAGAGAAUGUAAAAGCCAAGUGCUUCAAAUACAUUCAAAUUUGUAAAUCGAGUUUUAUUAAAGUGAUUGCACACUAUUUCUAGUUGUGUAAAAUAUAAAUGGCUGGGGCGAAAGUAUUAUGACAUUUAAAAACUCUAAAUCAUUACUUAGUCAUGUAUAUCUCAUUGGCUAAAAUUUUGCUCUAUUGAUGCCACAAAUAAGAAUCGCUCCCUAAAACACUGACUCCGUUACCUGCAAGAUCUGAAAUAACAGCCAGUUCUUAAUAUUAAAACGUUAUAUUCAGCCUGCUUCAUAAUUAAUGCAUAUUGUCUUACAAAUUCUUCUAAUAAUCUGGUAUUGCCUGCUAAAUUAGUUAACAGGCAUAUAUUAUUCAUGUGUUCUUAAUGUAAGUGGAGCCAUGCCUUCUGAUGGGCCUGCAUACUUCUACAGCAUUAUAUUGCUAUAAAACUAUAGGCCUACACAUUCAUAGUGGAUUCUCAAGAAAAAAAGAACUGUUUGGUUUAGAUCUCAAAGCACUAAUUUUUUUUUUUUUUUGCUUAGUAGGUCUUAUAGGUAGAUUCUGGAGAUGUAUUAAAUGCAAACUGGACUGCACUGAGUGCUCCUCCUCUCUAAAGACUGACUUCUUUCUGUGUUUUGGAUGGUGCCUGCUUAGAUCUUCAAAAGCCAUUCUAAAAGCAAACUACACUGGCCUCUCAGAAGACUGUUUAAAGUGGCCAAUCACUGCAUCAGAGCUUUGGGACUCUUCAUCAAGGGCCGUGAUAAGGAGCUCAUCUCCCCGACACACUGGAGAGGGUUGAUGUCUGUUGCAUGUCAUGCAAGCAUCUGUUUGUAUGUUGAUGUUCUCAGUCAUUACCAAGUCUUUGAUUUUCUGUAAAAAAAAAAAAAAAAAGCUUUGAAUAUUUUCAUGUGUGACAAGUGCCAAAAUAAAGUGACCUCUUCUU